UAUCGCUCGCUCUCUCUUCAUUAAUUCAUCUCUCACCCAAAGGAAGUCACAAUGUACAAACUAGAAGCCGCAUUCCUCUUUGCUCUCCUCUGCGUUUCUUCCAACGUCGUCGUAUCGACUCCAAUCCGCGAUGGUUUAUUACCAAACGGUAAUUUCGAGAUGGGUCCUAAACCUUCCCAAUUAAAAGGAUCCGUUGUCAAGGAACGAACAGCUGUACCGAAAUGGGACAUAACCGGGUUCGUCGAGUACAUCAAAGCUGGCCAGAAGCAAGACGACAUGGUCCUGGUCGUACCUGAAGGCUCCUCCGCCGUCAGAUUAGGCAACGAGGCCUCCAUCUCCCAGAAAAUCUCGGUCCGAUCCGGCCGUCUAUACUCGAUCACGUUCAGCGCCGCUCGUACUUGCGCUCAGGACGAGCGGCUCAACAUCUCCGUCACGCAUGAGUCCGGUGUGAUCCCUAUCCAGACCAUGUACGGCAGCGAUGGCUGGGACUCGUACUCCUGGGCUUUUAAAGCCGGUGGACCCCAAAUAGAGAUCCGGAUCCAUAACCCGGGUCAUGAGGAGCACCCCGCUUGUGGACCAUUGAUCGACGCCGUCGCUAUCAAGGCUUUGUUCCCUCCAAGAUUCUCCGGAUAUAAUCUGAUAAAGAACGGGAACUUCGAAGAAGGACCUUACGUGUUCCCCAAGGCAAAGUGGGGAGUACUGAUCCCACCGUUCAUCGAGGACGAUAACAGCCCGUUGCCCGGUUGGAUGAUCGAGUCUCUCAAGGCCGUUAAGUACGUCGACAAGGCACACUUCUUCGUCCCCGAGGGACACCGAGCCAUCGAGCUAGUUGGAGGCAGAGAGAGCGCCGUCUCUCAGAUCGUGAGGACGUCACUGAACAAAUUCUACGCCCUCACUUUCAACGUCGGAGACGCCAGAGACGGUUGCGAGGGACCCAUGGCAGUGGAGGCGCUCGCAGGAGGGAGCAAGAGGACGGUGGACUACUCGUCCAAGGGGAAAGGCGGAUUUCAACGGAGAAGGCUCGUGUUCAAGGCGGUAUCGACGAGGACACGUGUAACUUUUCGCAGCACGUUUUACCAUAUGAAGAACGAUCACUCUGGCUCGCUAUGUGGUCCGGUCAUUGAUGACGUCAGGCUGGUGGAGGUUCGGACACUCCGAGGGUGAGACCAGAGUCUUCGCACGCAGCUCUUGGUUACUAUAAAGUCAAAAUGGUUAAUUGUAAUUUUUUAUGUUUUGGAAAUUUAUAUAUAAAAAAUGUAAAUUUUCGAUUUAGUUUAUUUUACACAAUUUAUUAUUAACUAAUUAUAAAUGCAACAAGCCAACAAGUCCC